UUUGAAGAAAGCAAGUCCAGUGUUAGUCGUGGUAAGCGUGACCAUAUCAAGUAUACGCGCAGAUAUUAGCCAUUUGUCGCUUUGAGUUAAUGGCAAGAGUUGUAAGUUAUAUUCAGAGGAAAUAGGAUCCAUUUCACAGUAUGCUGUCAAUUACACAUUGCAAAUGUGAUCAAAUAUGAUCAACGGUUUGUUGUAAUAGUGUUCAUUAUUUCACUAAUAUCAUUUUAAUCGUUUACCCUUAAAGAUAUCUUGCAAUGGAAUAACAUCAAGUUCUUGUUUCUUUAGGUAGAUAUCAGGAAUUGCCAUUUUGAAUGAUAUACAUUAAUAAUUGAAAAAUUUAUGUGAACAUUUGAAAAGAGAUUUAAAAAAUUUCAUCAUGACGUUUGAUAAGCCCGGGUGCUUGAAUAAAGGGGGCUUGUGCAGUCAUUCGUGCGAUCACGGAGAUUUAAUUAAAACUGUUGAAAAGCUGAAGCCGCCUUUCUUUGUUCAAUUGACCAGUCAGGUUUUUAAUAGCUGCUGUACAGGAAUUCGUACUGCGAAGAUAAAGCUGGACAUGCGUGGUUCUAUUGUAUUUGAGAAAAUCAAGAGAGUACUUGAAGACAUGGACAUUCCAGUGUUGAUAAUUUUCCUUCAGAAGCAUCAGGAUAUUCGUUGCAUUAACUUAGCUGGCAACAAUAUUUCAGACAAUGGCUUCAAAAAUUUAAUCGAUCAUCUACUAGUACACAAACACGUAGAUGAUCUAGAUAUUGGGAAUAAUAACAUCAAAGAAUCAGGAAUAAACUAUUUGCUGGAAGUAGGAGAAGGAAUACAAAUUAAGAGCCUAAGUUUAAGAAUGAAUAAAUUAAGUGUCAAGGCAUCAAUGAAUGUGGCAAAAUUGUUACUACAAAAUGAACAUCUACUCCAUUUGAAUGUCGCAGAUGUAGACCAAACUGCCUCCAGUUUAAUAUAUUUUAUAAUGGUCUUGAGUCAAGAUCAGAAAGACUACAAUGAAACUCUGAAAUGUUUAGAUAUCAGUCGACCGAACCCAGGAUGCAUGUAUUAUUUUGAUUCUGUUCAUUUUGCCAGUGUCAUUGGUCACAUGCUCAAACAUAACAGUACUCUGACAACGUUGCAUUUGCAAAAGUACAACUUUAGUUGCCAUGAUAUUGAAACCAUGAUGUCCAAUGCAAUCUUCAACAAUACUCUGCUGUUGUUGGAUCUUGGCUGUAACAACAUAGGUGAUCACGGCGUGGAUCAUCUUGCCAAAUGGCUUGCGAAAAGACCAAAAUUGAAGAACCUUAUAUUAUGUAAAAACAUUAUAACUGAUCAUGGUGCAAGAAUACUUAGUUUCGCUCUUCCAUUCUCAAAGCUGCUAUCACUUGAUAUUUCGUACAAUAAGAUUACGGACAAUGGCAUGGUAGAAUUUUUAUAUACUUUGAAAAAGAAUCCUUUGCUACGACAGUUGAAAAUAUUUGGUAACUCUAUUGAUCAUUUAACUGCUAAGAUUAUCAAACGAAUGCUGAUCUCUAAAGUUUUGAAUCAAGAGAAUAUAGAUAUUAGACUGUACAAAGUAGAUCAUAGAUGGUGCAUUGCAAGAUAUGAAGAUAAUUAUCCUAAGAAAGGAUACCAUGAUGUUUCUUAUGGUCUUUUUUCGCAAGCAUCAGAUCCUCCAAUUAAAAAGUCUCGUCCAAAAGCAGAAUAUUAUAAAUAUACAUAUAAUAGAACAAAAGAAAUUAAUGUGCAACAUUCAGCUAUUACUAUUAUUUCAAAUAUACUGGAUAGGGACCACCAACAAGAUUGUAGAUGUUGUUAUUCCUUCAGAUGUGAAGCACCACAUUAUGAUGAACAAUGUAGAAAUUUUAACCACCCAGAAACUUGCACUUGUUGCAAGUGUAAGGGAGGCGAAAGUAGUGAUUGGUCUGUAGACCACGAAAUUCUAAAAAGAAUUAAGCCUCCGUUGGACGUAAUGGAAAAGAUCACACAUAUAUUGAAAAAUGUGAGUUCUGACAUUGGUAAAAGUAUCAUACGUUGGAUUAAUAUUGACGAAGACAUCUUGGAGGAAGAUUUAAAAGUUAUUGCUGGUCAAGAUAAGAGCGACGAGAACUCGCCAAAGGAUUCGUGUAAUUGCUCGUGGGCUCAAUUCAGUAUAUCAAGUUUACAGAAGUAUUUGGAGGAGAGUUCUUCCCAAAACAUACUAAUCAUACCUAAAGACAACCCUUUGUUAACAGAAGUGAACAAAAGAUCAGAAAGUUCUACGAGUAUUUCAUCAAAAUGUAUGAGCAUAUGAGUAAGGUAAAAAUAAGGAUGUAAAUGUUUUUUAAAAAUUGUUAUCUUAUUGAUAAUGGGACACAAUUUAUUCCUUUUUUAAUAGUACAAGGUAUCUUUUGACAAACUUGAUUGUGACAAGUACAAAAAUACAAAAACUAAUUCAUACUACAUUUCAUUAAUUAGCUGUUGCCUUAUAACUUUUUGUAUCGCCUCGUUCAUUCUCUUGUUUAGUUUCUUCCAUCUUCACAGGUAAAAAUUCAUUUGCGCUGAUUUCUCUUGGUGCCUUAUUGGACUGCAUAAAAUCAUUCGUUCCGGACAUCAGUGGACUGUUCUCAACAGUCUCUUUGUUUGUAAGGAAUCGAGAUCCCAUCAUUGGAUUAGCCGCUCUUAAGACGUGGGGGUAAGCGUUAAUGGUGAUUCCUGGAGUUUCGUGCGGAUGAUCCAGUAUUAUAUUUUUAGCGGCAUAUUGAUUGACCGGUACGGUUUCUACUGCAAGGGGGACUGUUUUUUCAUAGACAUUUUGGAAAUUAUUUUGGGGCAGGAACGAUGAAUAUGGAAGAUCAGAUUUGAUAUGGGCAUGAUAUUUUACAUGAUGUCGGGCCUUGUCCAUGUGAUCCUAUAAAUAAUUACAUAUGAAGGACACAUAUCAAAAAUAGACAAAGAAGGGGUAAUUAUUUUUUACUUACAUGUGCUAAGAUGUGAGGCACCAUGUGAGCAUUGUAUGGCAUUACCAUUGAAGACGAAGAUCUUGCACACGGUGAUGAGUAAGGAAGAGCAGACACUACUUUAAUGGCCAUGGGCUCCAUACUAGACUCACUCAAUAUAGCCAUGUUAUUCUGACAUGUACACGGAGUCAAAACUCCAUGCAGGGGGUUGUUGCAAGGAGAUACCGAUGGAAUUUCAAUAAUACUGGCUAAUUGUGAUGGUUCUGGCUUAGGAUAUAUAAUCAUAGGACUGGACGGUACAGUGAUUACAGGUUCUUGAUAAGAAGAACUAACUGGCAACACGGUUAAGGUCUCUUGCGGUAUUGGAAGUGACUCAGAGAAUUGUUCAAUACGUGCAGGUUUAGGUUGCUCCAUAGUGGUCUGAAUGGUGUUUGGAGUGGGUUUUGGUUUUGGUUUUGGUUUUGGUUUUGAUGUCUCCUGGAUAACCUGUGACUGGGAAAUUGGCUGAACAAUGUUUACGGAUGGACUCGGUUGAGAACAUGGCUGAAGAGCAGAUUGAACUAUUUGAAAGGUUUGGUAAGGCUGCAGUAUCUGUCGAGGAAGGACUAUGUUCGACUGAGGCACUGACUGAACAAAUGAUGGUUGAGCGACGUUCAAAGUUUGGAUCGUCUGAGCAGCAGGUUCACUUUGGAUGGUCAGAAGAGUGUUUUGAGCAGCAGUUUGAGCAGCAGUUUGAGCAGCAGUUUGAGCUACAGUUUGAGCUGGAGUUUGAACAGUCUUGCAAGGAACCUGCGUUACUUGAGAAGAACCUUGCUUGAUUUCAACGCAGAAAUUUGCAGACUUCUUGGUCCUAUCCUUCUCCUCGCCUGUUUCUUCAAUGUUCAGUUCUUGCUUCUUAGACUCGAGUUUGGGAUCUUCCAAUGACUUCUUUUGUGCAGCUUUGGGUGUUGGGCCAGCCCAAACUAAAGCAACUGCCAGCAACAACACUAAGACACACACAUUGAGACGCAUUGUUGGCUGUGGCGAUUCUGUGAUCCUCAAAACUGAACUGAUGAACGAUUGAAUAAUUUUCGCUUUUUAUAGGGAUUAAUCAGGAUGUGAACUCAUCGAGGACCUCAGGUAGUUUCGCAAUUCGAUGCGUGAACUUCGCGAUACCUGGUAUCGCUGAUGGUGCUGAUCGUGCGUUUUUUAACUGCUACGUUGUUUUUGCGACAUUCUUAUUGUAUGCAUAAUUGCAGCUGAUUUUUAAAUGUAGAACUAUUUAUGUAUAAGUAUAAUCAUACUCCAGAUGCAAGUAACAUGACUGAAUGUUUGGCUUUACUAUUAUGUAUAAAAGAAUGUAAGAUUAUUAAAAAUGAUU